UUGUUUUCUCUGCUGCUGUCUUUUUUUGCGUUCUGUUCUGCCAUGCCCUGCUCUGAAGCGACACCCGCCAUCUCCCCCAGCAAGCGGCCCCGGCCUGCGGAGGACAGCAUGCGGCUCCGCUUUGUCCGGCUCUCAGAGCACGCCACCGCCCCGACCAAGGGGUCCGCGCGGGCUGCAGGCUACGACCUGUACAGUGCCUAUGAUUAUACACUACCACCUAUGGAGAAAGCCCUUGUGAAAACGGACAUUCAGGUAGCUCUUCCGUCUGGGUGCUAUGGAAGAGUAGCUCCCCGUUCUGGCUUGGCUGCAAAACACUUCAUCGAUGUAGGAGCUGGCGUCAUAGAUGAAGAUUACAGAGGAAAUGUGGGUGUCGUACUAUUUAAUUUUGGCAAAGAAAAGUUUCAAGUCAAAAAGGGCGAUCGGAUUGCACAGCUCAUUUGUGAACGGAUUUUUUAUCCAGAAAUAGAGGAAGUUCAGGUUUUAGAUGACACUGAAAGGGGUUCAGGAGGUUUUGGUUCCACGGGGAAGAAUUAACAUUUAUGCCAAGAAUAGAAAAUGAGGAAACGUACUUUUUUCUUAAAAAUAAAGGAUUUUUGCUUAGUGUUUUGCACAUCUGUAAACAUAAUAGCUUUAGCUUCUAAAACUGUUUGGUUCUCUUAGGAUUUAGGAAAAGAUACCUGUGUUGGGGUCCCAUAAAACCUUACUUAUGUUUUUACACAUCUGAUUGUUGUAUAAAUCUGUGUGGUAACCUAAUACAAGCUGUUUAUUUUUUUAAUUAAAUGUUUAUCAAUUACAGAUCCAAAAAACCCUGUAUUAUUUAAUUCACUGAAAGCUUCCUCUUCAACUUACUUGUUUUGUAAAUCGUAAGCAGUGCCUUUCAUUCAAUAAAUUUGAAUUCUUUCAUAGAUACAAAUUAUUGUAUGAGUGACUAAAAAGUUAAUAAAAAGAAGUUGAAGUUAAAAAAAAAA